AUGACAGAAUUGAAAUCUUCGCCAUAUAAAGUCUUAAAAUCGGAAUUACCAACUUAUUAUUUUAAUCUACUAAAUCAUUUUCAAAAACGGAUACACUCACGAACAGGAAAUGCUAUAUUACUCGCGAUUUGCAAAUCUUUUUAUGAUAAAGAAAACAUAGAGAUUUUUGCUCGUGAAAGGAUGAUAGAAUAUCUUCCUUUUGCUCAAAAAGAAUACAAGCAGCAACUACUCGAUCUACUUUAUAUACUUGUUUCAGAAGUUCCCGAUAUUUUCAAUGAAAGAAUUGCAACACAAAUUCAACCUUUAGCAGAAACAGAGCCACGUAAAGUUCUUACAUUAAUUGCCAUAUUUGCACAAAAAUUUGAUGAAGUUCAUGAUCCUCUUCCAAUGGUUGACAUCCUAUUUAGAAAAGCAGAUUAUUUUCGCGCAGUGGAGUGUGCAGAUGAUUAUCUGACACUUCUUGUAUGGCUAAUGACACGUUAUCCUUCAUUUAAGAAGCAAAGAAGCCAGCAUUGCUGGACAUACGUUUGUGAUAUGUUAACUUUAACGAAUGUUGCGAUUUUGAAUACAUGUUACUACGCAUUAUGCGCUAUUGCCGAUGUAGAUCGGGAUUUAGUCGCAGAAUGUGGUUAUCCUGUCUCUGCAGUUUCCAGAGAUAUUCGAAGACGACCUGUUAAAGCUGCCGCCCUCUCAUUGAUACUACGAUUUCCUCCAACAUCAGAAACUCGUAAAAUGGAGGAAACAUUGAAAUCAUUAGUAAUUGCUGCUGCAGAAGACGAUCGAGCUGCAUUAAUAUUAAUGGGAUUAGCGCAAGACACAGGAAAUGCGAUGCAUUUAUUACAGAACCCAGAUUGGAUGACAAGAGGUCUUCCAACUGCAAUUAAUACAAUGUUAUUGUUAUGUAUUAUAUUAUUGCAUACAGACUUAAGACAGAUUGUUGUAGAAACGCCAAAAACCGUUGAUUUACUUAACGGUUUACUCCUUUCUAAUAGUGUUGGAAUGACAGAAGUUAUUUGCAUAAUUUUAAGAAGACUUCCUUUAACUCCCGACUUCGUACAAUCACUUAGCGAAAGUGGAUUCCUUGGAAGCUAUUUUUCUUCCGUUCUUGAAAACGAAGAUGCUGAUACUUUAAUGUCAGCUUUAAGAGUACUUGAUGCUUUGUCAAGGGUUUGUUACGUUAGAGAGAUGUCCGAAAUGGUAGAUACUGUCGUCAGAUUGAUAAAAGAACCAAAUACUUUAUCUUCGGCAGCUGCAUCAGUAUCAGUAGACCUUGCAAAGCAUUCUAAGUGCGCUUCUAUGUUCAAACAAAAGAAAUUGCCAAAGUUUUUCAAACAACCUGACUUAGAUCCAAAAUUGAAAAAAUAUGGAAAUCGAUUUUUGAGUGUUAUUGCUUCAAAGAAGAAAAAGUGA